UGUGACGCACACGUGACACCUUUUCCUUCAGUCUGGUGGAAGCGCAGAAAUAAGCACAGAGGGUCUGAUCUCAUCUACUCUGUGGUGGUAGAUGGGCUGAUGAAGAUCAUAUGAUUUUAGUGUUUGCUCUAGACUAUGAUCCCAUUAAAACGCAGGAAAGUUUCUCUCCCUGUAAACCAAGAGAAUGACACCUGUAAGUUUCCCCAUGUUUCUAUAUUCAUCCUGGAGAGGAAGAUGGGGACAUCUAGAAGAGCAUUUCUUACACGACUAGGACGGAGCAAAGGAUUUCUUAUUAAAGAAACCUACAGUUCCUCCAUCACGCAUGUUGUGUCUGAAAGCAACAGUGGAGAUGAAGUCCAGGCUUGGUUGGACAGCCAAACUGGACGAGACACCUCCAGUUCUGUCCAUCUGUUGGACAUCAGGUGGUUUACGGAGAGCAUGGAGGCAGGACAUCCAGUUCUAGUUCAGGACAGACACAUAUUAAAGGUUAAACCAAAACCCAACGGAGACGCCACAGCAAUGCUGAUAAAAACUUACGCCUGUCAAAGACGAACACCUUUAAAACACCACAAUUCAUUUCUAACAGAGGCUCUUGAAAUCUUGGCUCAGAAUGCCGAAUAUAAUGAUAAUGAAGGACGGAGCGUGGCGUUCAGACGGGCGGCUUCAGUCCUAAAGGCGCUUCCCCGGCGCGUGAGGAGCAUGGAGGAUCUCAGGUGUUUGCCCUGCCUGGGUGACCACUCACAGAGAGUUAUAAAGGAGAUUUUAGAAGAUGGAUCAUCAAGAGAAGUAGAGUCAACAAGACAAUCAGAGCAAUAUCAGGCAAUGAAGGCACUAACUGGUAUUUUCGGGGUGGGUGUGCGGACGGCAGAUCGCUGGUUUAGAGAGGGUUUGCGAUCUCCAGAUGAUUUGAUUCGCACAGGGCAACAGUUAAACCGUGAACAGCAAGCAGGAGUCCAGUAUUACGAUGACCUCCAGAAACCCGUCACUAAGGCUGAGGCUGAUGUCAUCAGUGAUAUGGUUGAGAAAGCUGUGCACGCUGUGCUUCCCAGAGCAGAGAUCCAGCUCAUGGGAGGCUUCAGGAGGGGGAAGGAAGUCGGACACGAUGUGGACUUUCUCAUAACACAUCCAGAGGAAGGAAAAGAGGAAAGACUGAUGCCUAAAAUCACAAACUGGCUGGAGGAGCAGGGUUUACUGCUGUAUCAGAAGACGACCAGAAACUCUUAUCUGGAGAAAAUGGAUGGUCCAGCUCGGGCGUCUAGUAACAUGGAUCGCUUUGAGAGAUGCUUUUCCAUAUUUAAGCUUCAGAAAUCUGCCGCGAGCAUCAAAUCGAAUUCUUCUGCUUCUGCUGAGGAUGUCAGUGCAGGACGUGAACGCGAACGAGCCGGUGAGCAUCAUUCAGAAGCGUCCGGCUGGAGAGCUGUACGGGUCGAUCUGGUGGUCAGUCCCUACAGUCAGUUUGCCUUCGCCACUCUCGGAUGGACCGGCUCAAAGCUGUUUGAGAGAGAGCUGAGACGGUGGGCGGGGCAAGAGAAGCACAUGUCCUUGAGCAGCCACGCCCUCUAUGACAACAAACAGAAUCUGUAUCUCAGAGCAAAGACAGAAGAGGAGAUUUUUGCCUACCUGGGUCUGGAGUUUAUUCCUCCAUCCGAGCGAAACGCCUGAAUCUGUCCGUUUUGGAUUCUCACUACAGAUGUGUCAGUGCUUCCAUCGCCGAGCCUUAUAUUUUAGCUCCCAGUUAUGAUCAGAUCACUUUUUUUUAUGUUUAUAAGACACAAUGGAAAAUAGACAGGUAUAUGAUGUUUUCCAUGCAGUCCUUUUCCAAUAAGUAAAUCAACUGCGAUAUGCAUAUGCAGUUUCAUGCAGGCUCUUUGUAAAUAA